CGUCAUGCGGCGGCGCAUCGAGAAGAGAGAGAGAAGUAUACACUGCACCGGAGCGUGUCCGUCUGCGCGCGGCGUUCCGGUCGCGCUCCGUGUCAGUAGUCAGUACCAGCGCGCUACUCGAGCACGAGCAGCCAGGCACAGAUGAGGAUCGUCGACGUGGUGCGCGCCUCAUCCUCGCCGCCGUCGCCGUCGUCGUCGUCGUCUCCUCGGCGAAGCUGGAGCAUGCCCAUACUGCAGGUCUGCAUCAGGCCGAGCAGUCGAGCUGCGAGACAUGGGCGAUAAAGAGCAUUAUGUUCACUUCAGCAGUGCGAGCGGCGCCGGCUGCAACAAUAUCGUCGUCCAGCCACUGCGACACGGACACUUGAACGUCAAUCUGGGCUUUCUGCAGAUACAUCACAGAUAUCACGUGGAGUUCACUGUGCCAUGGAAUACGUGCGUAAUUCACCCCGAGGGGAAUCCCGCGGCGCCGGCAAUGCCUACCGGCGAACCGAAUUCAAACUGCCGAGUCAUCGGCUUCAAUCAAGACAGAGAUGAUCUCAGGUUAAAAGUCGAGCUGUUCGUGCACACGGAGCGCUUUCUGAAAGAGGAGUUCCAGAUAACGUGUUGUGAGAAAGGUGCGCCACUGACAAUCUAUCUGAACGCCCGAAUCUUCGGCAAGGAUCAGGGCACACCCGUGCUGCGCAACGGGAUCCGAAGUAUUGGCGUCGAGGAUGACGCGGAGGAGGACGAGGAGGAGGACAACUCCGACUGACCCACGCAUCUGCUCGAAACGCCUAACUAGAGUAAAAACCUAACACAGUAGAGCCUAUAUUAUAUAUAACGUAGACAUGUACCUUUGAGUUUUGAAUUUCUCCCGGACGUACCGGCGAGUCCUGUUUUACCGACGAAUUGCCUCGAGUCGGCUGUAAUGCUCGAGGUAGCGAAAAGUUGAAUUUUUUACUUGCAUUUCAUCUCUCUGACGACUGUAGCUUCAUGAAAAAUUUUUAAUCGUAGCUUCAUCUGGCUAAUCGUUUCAAAUGCUAAUAAGGUUGUAAAUUAGUAGUCACUGCUGUGACUACAUUUAGAUUUUAUAAUCACAUCAAUUAUUGGAGCAAUACUUAAUACUUACAUAAUGUUAUUGGAUAAAGUGCCGAUAAAACAGGAAAUUUAGUCGGUAUCCGAUAUCCCAAUGACGGAGAUGCAAGUCCCGUUAUAACGAUUGAAUGAUAUCACGUAAACAAAUAAAAAAGCUGCGCUUUAAGAUUAUUUUCACUUUACUAUAAAAUAUGUUAAGUACCUUUCAACAUAUUACGUGUUUGGUCCUGUAGGUAUUUUCUUACUCUACUGGAUACAGUAUGAAAUGAAAAAAAGUCAAUGUGCGUCAUUGUUUAUGAAAUGCCAUAAACAAUCAAUUAAACGAAUAUUAAAGUAACUGCCCAGUUAGACAAGUAGAUGUAACAAACGUGAAAAGCAAUAAAGUCUAUUGCACACCGCUGCACUGUUAUCUUUAGCAAAUUAGCCAAAUAUUAGAAAUUUACGUGAACUCGUUGAAUCAUUUUCAACAGUUAUUAAUUAUAAAAUGCUUUGUUAAUUCAAUGAUAUACAUCCACACAUUAGUUCUAAUGUUAUAUUAUUGGUUCUCACAAAAUCAGUGGCCUAAUUUACUAAUAUUCGUUAUUUCAGUGAUACGAAUCGAUUCUCGAUUUCAAAGCAAAGUAAACAUAGGGAACAAUCUUUCAUACAUGGGAGAAACUACAUUAAAAUUUUAUUUUUUUACAUAAUAUGGUUCAUUGAAGACGAAUGCCUUUCAAAUUGUAUAGUUUAAGGCCAUCUUUGUAAAGUAAUAAGGUGUUAAAAAAAUUAGCUUGAAUGCAAAUACAUCAAAAAUGCCUACGUUAACGACCUCGCCACUGUUACAGGCAGCCGCCAAAGAUUUUGUGUUAUGCAAAAUGUAUGGAGUUUGUUACUUAUGACGAACCAUAUUACAGCAGCAUUUUAUUUCACAUUAAAGUAAUUUUUUAUUUCAUAUCUUUUUCACAGUAGUUUAAACUGUGUGUCAAAGUAUAAGACCAAUAACCUUGUAUAGUUAAUCGUAGUCUUUAGACGCGACAAGAAAAUCAACUUUUAGGCAAUAAUUAGCUUUCUAUUAAUGCCUUGAAAAAAUAUAUAAAACUUCUUUGAAAAUCAUCAGUAAAUCAGUGCCAGAGUAACUUUGAUAAAUUUGCCAAGUGAUUUUAAAAUCUAAAGUCUUUAUACACUAUAUUCCGAUAUUUCUCUUCUCGCGUAUUUCUCACAACCUGAUGGCAUCUAGAAUAAAGCGUAACAUAGUUUUAAAAAUAAUAUUAGGUAUUAUACAUGAAAACAUGUAGGCUUAGUAUCGAAAAACCGAAAGAAUCAUAAUAAAGUAUAAAGCCCAAAGAAUGCGAUGACAUUCUUCCCCAAAUUUAGUACUAACUUAUAGACAAUUUUUCUCAAUUUUCAGUAAUUUAAUAUAGAGAGACCUUUCGAUCACUAUAAAAUGUAUAUUGUCGUGAUUGCACUCGAAUCACGUUACGCUUGUAUAAAUAAAAGUUGAAACUAAAGAGAGGUGCGUAUGUAUUUUCGAGCGAAAGUGAAAUAAAAGAUGCAUAGUUUUAAAUAAGGUUACAAAAGUACACUGUGAAUUUCGAAUUGAAAAUGCAACCGUUGCUCAGCUUUUAAAUUAUCGACACUUACACUUAUUUUGAAGUUAUCGAUAUAUAUGAGAUUAAAAAGUUUAUUGUCGAGUUUCAUUUUCGCUUCGAAAACUGUAAAGUGUAAAAUCCAAAAUGCCUGCUAUUAAACUAUAUAUUCAUGAAAUUUUACUCACAGCUGUAAUAUUUAUGAUUACGAGAAUGUAUUUUUAUUAUAACGUUUUACAUCGAAUGCAAUCGCAGAGACGUCUACAUGCUGCACACAGUGUUUACCUGAUGUACGAUGUAACAUACAUACACACACAUAUAUAUAUAUAUAUAUAUAUAUAUAUAUAUAUAUAUACACCGUUGAGCUUACGAGCAAUAUUCGAAAUUUCUUUAUCCUUGCUGAUAUUAUACGAAAA